AUGGCUAAGUCCUCCAGCUCAGCUUCCAAGAAGCAGAAGCUGGACCAUCUCGAUGCUUUCCGUAGAGGCAUUCCCUUCGUGUCGUGCUCGGCAUUGGCAGCGAUUUUGAACAAGGUGGAACAGGAAGGAGUGCCAGAGCUGCAUGGAAGGAAAAACAUCAAGCAAGCGGUUCUGGAGAAGAUUGCCGCCAUGGCUGGGGAUUGUGGGUCUUUACUCAAGCAGCUCACAGCUGUGCGAAUUGAUGGUGGGGAUUUGCACUUUCAUAUCCUCAACCUACCAACAAUGCUCCAGGGGUUAUACAGGCAGGAAGUUUCAAUCACAUGCACAUGCAAGACCCCUCAAGCUUGGACUGCCCAUGGAAGGGAGUUCUUUAUGCUGAUGAAGCUCAUCCCGGCAAUCAACUUUCCAGUACUGGAGCGACACUGGUUUACAUUGGCGGUCUUGAGAACUGAACUAGUACAAAAAGUUGAAGCUGGUAUCGGCCAGAUCCUGAGACUCAUUUUGGAAGAUAUGUUCGCACAGCAGCUCUGGAACCCGGUGCAUGGCAUUGUCAUGAAAUCAACCGAUGCAUUGUUUGUUUUCCAUUGGACCCUCCACGUCUUUUUACAAGACGGCAGUGCCCAGAAGCAAACAUUUGCAAACCGCCAGGACAUCGGUUCUCGUGUUUGCAUGCUCUGCAAGAACAUUUUCAAUGUUAGACGUGAAGGUGAUGAUGACGACGAGGGGAAGAUCAGCUCCAGACACCUGACCCUGUCCUCCUGCGACCUUGCCUCGGACAGCGCAUUGCUGCAGAGUUGGGAUCGGCUGGCGGCAAAGGCAGGAACUGAAAGCAAGGCUCGCUUUGCAAUGCUUCAACAAGCAAGUGGCUACUUGGAGUUGUGGCAGUUGCCCGGUGCCAACAAACAAGGAAGCCUUGGAAAAGCGGUGCAGGCAGGAUGGGGUCCAGUGAUGCAGCCGAAGUUUCAUUGGACCCUCCACUUGGAUGGUUGCUACGAGAAACAAGGAUUUCUGCCUGCAUGCUGGGUCUUGGAAGCCGCCCGUAAAUAUGGGUCGGCUUCUAGCAAUACGAUUCGUUUCGACACAUCUCUUCUGGAAGAGGUGACUGCAGAGCAUUUGUCGGUCAUGGGCAAAGAAGAGGGUUUCCAUUUGCGGGCACAUUUGCUGCAGCCGCAUGCUUGCACUGCAAAGCUGAAGAAAAGCUUGGUGCAGUACAAUGUCCUGCGGCAGGAGGAUGAGUGCAUGACAAGCACCAUGACAAGGCUGAAGCAUGGUGCUAUCAUCAAGAAAGGCGACAUGGUGCUGCAUGGCAAUGAGCCAGGGCACGAGUGCCCUUAUAGAUGUGCCAAAGUGCACUGCUGCAUUGAGCUGCACAAUAUUGCUCUGGUGAUGCUUGCCCCCGCCACUUUCCUUCAGCAGCGGUGGGACAUGAACAUGCUCAAGUUUCGUGAAGAGGCAGGUGACCCCCAGAUUUACAUCCUCGCUGCCUAUGACCUGCUUUGCAGUGUCGUGUACCACAAAGCCAAUGAUGGCACACUGACCGUGUUGCCGCCUGCCUAUUUGCGACCUCGCCAUGCAUGA